GUCCCGCAGCCCUUGCUGCAGACGCUGGGGAGUCAGGAGUCGCGGGAGGACGAGCAUUGGAGGAGAAGCAGCGAGAUGUCCACCCUGGGCUGGUGGCGCCGCUGGGCGCCCGGUUCAGUGUGGGCGCACUAGACUGCCGACCUCGGUCGGGGUGUGUGAACGGAGUGCGGUGCUCCGGAGCUCGCCCUUCUUGAUCUUCUGUCCUUGAGACAACUGGCAAGAGGAAGACGAACUAGGUCCUCCGACAGCUAAGUGGCUGGUCCAGUUUGCUGACUGAUUCAGACCAGACAUGAUGAAUCACAUGAUGAGGAGAAGUGAGCAGACUAUCCAAAGGUUGUGCAUUUGUUCAAUCCAUCCGCAAGUGUUGACACUCAGCCUAUUUGGGACAGACUCAUGCCAGACUCUGGCACUCCAGAAGCAAACCUACAUGGGAAAUGAAAGCAUAAUGAGGAGGUUGAUGGAAUGGACAACAAUAAGGAGAUUUGGCUGGAGUGUGACAGAGGCAGGAGACUGGAGCAAAGGAGAAGAGAGGAGGAGAGACGACACACCAUGCUGUCCCUGAGAGAUGACAAGAGUAACCUCCUCGGUUCCUGACUUUAAAGUUCUCAAUUCCAGCCCCCUUUAAAGGAGGCAGACCCUCACAGCAAGAGGAGAUCAGCCGGCCAUCCCUGAAAAGCUCAAGCCCUUGGGUGUGAGCCAAACAGACAACUGUGAAAAACUCACCACUCCACUGGAGAAUUACAAGAUGUACCACCAGGAAGACGACACCAGCAGUGACAUGACCAGUGACGACGACUUGAGCCACUGUGGGCGGGAAACCCCACCACCUCGAUCACCCCCACCACCUCGAUCAUCCCAUUCUUUGAGCAGUGACCGAGACCAGGAGCGCAGGGGCAGAAGCAGAGAUGUGGAGCCUCGAGACCGCUGGCCGUACAUCAGGAACCCCAGAAGCAGGCUGCCUCAACGGGAUCUUUCCCUCCCUGUGAUGUCACGACCACAUUUUGGACUGGACAGAGAUGAUGACAGACGUUCCAUGGAUUACGAGUCUCGAUCCCAGGAUGCUGAAUCAUACCAGAAUGUUGUGGAACUCAAAGAGGACAAGAAGCCUCAGAAUCCAAUUCAGGACAACCUGGAGAACUACAGAAAGCUGCUCUCACUGGGAGUACAGCUUGCCGAAGAUGACCGACACUCUCACAUGACACAAGGCCACUCCUCGAGGUCCAAGAGAAGUGCCUACCCAAGCACCAGCCGAGGGCUGAAGCCCAUGCCUGAAGCCAAAAAGCCGGCCCACCGACGGGGCAUCUGCGAGGAUGAGUCUUCUCAUGGGGUGAUAAUGGAGAAAUUCAUCAAGGACGUGUCGCGCAAAUCCGCAAGAGCCAGGGAGCUGAACGAGCGCCCUCCUCCCAGGUUCCCCAGGCCCAGCGACACCUGGAAGGACGGUGCGUCCAGCAGAAGGGAGUCGGUGAUCCAGGAGAGGGGUGCGGAAGGGGCCGCCUACAGGGGUGGCUUCCGCUUCAACGCAGACCUGCUCUCCAGAAACCGCGCGCUGGAGAGGAAGCGGCGCUACCACUUCGACUCUGAUGAGAAGGGUUCGGGUCACGAGCACAAGAGCUGUGUCAGGAAGAAGCCUUUCGAGUGUGGCAGUGAGAUGAGGCAGGCCAUGAGCAUGGGGAACCUGAGCUGCCCGCCCGUGCCUGAGUCCCAGCCCCUCGACUUCCCGCCAGACCCCUACGUGUGCGACGAGUGCGGGAGGUCGUUCAGCGUCAUCUCUGAGUUCGUCGAGCACCAGAUCAUGCACACGAGGGAGAACCUCUACGAGUACGGAGAGUCCUUCAUCCACAGCGUGGCUGUCAACGAGGGGCAGAAAGGUCCGGGCGGCGGGAGGCGCUUUGAGUGUAAGGAAUGCGGGGAGACCUUCAGCAGGAGCGCGGCCCUGGCCGAGCACCGCCAGAUGCACGCCAGGGAGUACCUCGCCGGGUGUCACGACCAGGAGGACGAGGACACCACCAUGCCCAGCCCGACCUUCAGCGAGCUGCAGAAGAUAUACGGCAAGGACAAGUUUUAUGAGUGCAAGGUGUGCAAGGAGACCUUCCUGCACAGCUCUGCCCUGAUCGAGCACCAGAAAACCCACGGCCGAGGCGGCUCCGACGACAGAGAGAGCGAGCGCGAGCGCGAGCGCCAGCGCAUGCGUGCGCGCGCACGGGAGCAGCGCGAGCGCGAGCGCGAGCUUGGGGAGCCCUUCCUGACCUGUCCAAACUUCAACGAGUUUCGGAAGAUGUACAGAAAAGACAAGAUCUACGAAUGCAAGGUGUGUGGGGAGAGCUUCCUUCACCUCUCGUCCCUGAGGGAGCAUCAGAAAAUCCACACUCGAGGAAACCCGUUCGAAAAUAAGAGCAGGAUGUGCGAGGAGACCUUCGUCCCAAGCCAGGCCCUCAGAAGGCGCCAGAAAACUUACCGAGAGAAGCUGUUCGACUUUAACAACGCCAGAGAUGCACUGAUGGAGGGCGCAGACCCCGGCGACCACCAGAAAAGUCGUUCUCGAAAGAAUUUCUUCGAGGCCAGGGUCUACGAGAAGCCCUUUACCGAAUCUCAGAAGAGUCAUACCAUAACAAGACCACCUGGAAACGAAGAGGACAAGCCGUUCACCAUCAGCGUCAACCCCAAUGACAAGCUGAAAUUCCCUGCCAUGGAAAACAGCUCCCAGGGGAAGUCCUACGAGAGGUCUGUCAUUCACAGCUUGGGUCCUGCAGAAGCUCAGAAGAGUCGUGGCGCAUUCGGGUUCCCUAAACCAAGACCAGUGGCAGAGUCUAGCACCCAGACCUCAGGAGGCAUUCUCCCCAAAAUCCUCUCUAGAGGGAGCAUCUUUGAAGGAAAGGAAUACAAGAGAUCUGUCAUCCACAGCUUGCCUGCUCCUCGACCUCUGAAACGUCAUAGGGCAAAUGACCUGGUUGGAUGUGAUGAGGGAGAGCCCUCCAUUUACAUCUCAGAUCUUACCAAUAAGCGUCGGAAGAUUCCUACCGGACAAGACACUUACGAAGGAAGCAACAGCAACAACCACACGGAUUCCGUCCCCCCGAGUGUACCCCGUGCCGAACCUCCAAGUCUUUCUGGAGAGUCUCGUGAAUCUAAUCAAGAUGUCACGUUUUCAGUGCCCAGCUCAAGCGUUCGUGAACACCAGAAAGCUCGUGCCAAAAAGAAGUACAUUGAGCCCAGGAGCAAUGAGACCUCUGUAAUCCACUCCCUACCUUUUGGUGACCUGCAGGCAUUCCGCCGGAGAGCGAAGUUCUUUGAGUGUCAGGAAUGUGGGGAGGCCUUUGCUCAUGGGUCUGACCUCAUUGAGCACCAGAAGAUCCAUGACAGAGAAAGACCCUCUGGAAGCCGACAUUAUGAGCGCUCUGUCAUCCGCAGCCUGGCCCCUAGCGACCCUCAGACCAGUUAUGCCCAAGAACGUUUCAUCCAAGAGCAAGUGCGCAAAUUCAGAGAAUUUGGACAACGCUCUGCUACCAGCAACAACCGCAAUGUACAGAAAACCUAUGCCCAAGAAAAAUAUGCCGAGGAGCCCCAUGAUAAACAAACUCAUGGUCAAAAAGUUCAUGACAAAGAGCCCUAUGGCCAGGAACCCCAGGGCCAGAAGCCCCACGGUGAUGAGCCCCAGGACAAGGAACCCCUUGAUCAGGAGAUGCGCAGUGAAGAGCCCCACGGUGAUAAGCCCAAUGGCCAGGAGCCCCACGGUGAGGAGCCCCAGGACAAUGGACUCCUUGACCAGGAGAUGCGCGGUGAGGAGCCCCGCGGUGAGGAGCCCCAGGACAAUGGACUCCUUGACCAGGAGAUGCGCAGUGAGGAGCCCCGCAGUGAGGAGCCCCGCGGUGAGGAGCCCCAGGACAAUGGACUCCUUGACCAGGAGAUGCGCAGUGAGGAGCCCCAGGACAAUGGACUCCUUGACCAGGAGAUGCGCAGUGAGGAGCCCCGCGGUGAGGAGCCCCGCGGUGAGGAGCCCCACGGUGAAGAGCCCCAUGGCCAGAACAAAGCUGAAGACGCUACCCUUCAGGCCUCAGGUGCUGAGGAGCACCAGAAAGAUGAUGCCAGCGACACGAUCUAUGAAUGCCAGGACUGCGGACUGGGCUUUACUGACCUCACAGACCUCACAAGCCACCAGGAUGUCCACAGCAGAAAGGCUCUGGUUGACAGUCGCGAGUAUGCACACUCGGAAGUCCAUGUCCACUCCGUCAGCGAAUUUGAGAAUAAAUGCUCUGGAGAGAAGCUGUACGAAUGUCCAAAAUGCGGGGAGUCUUUCAUUCACAGCUCCCUGCUUUUCGAGCAUCAGAGAGUCCAUGAACAAGACCAGCUGUAUUCUGUGAAGGCCUGCGAUGAUGGUUUCAUCGCUCUCCUGCCCGUGAGGCCGCGGAGGAACCGCGCUGCAGAGAGGAACCCCGCGGUCACGGGGUCAGCCAUCCGAUGCCGUCAGUGUGGGCAAGGCUUCAUUCACAGUUCCGCCCUCAAUGAGCACAUGAGACAGCACCGGGAUGAUGAAAUCCUGGAGCAGAAUGAGUUGGCAGAGGAGAUUUUCAUCCAGGGCCUCGCCCUCACCGAGUACCAGGGAAGCGAGACGGAAGAGAAGCUCUUUGAGUGCACCAUCUGUGGGGAGUGCUUCUUCACUGCCAAACAGCUCGGAGACCACCACACCAAAGUCCACAAGGAUGAGCCCUACGAGUGCGGGCCCUCCUACACCCAUGCCUCCUUCCUCACUGAGCCGCUCAGGAAGCACAUCCCGCUGUACGAGUGCAAAGACUGUGGGCAGCCCUUCCUGGACGACACGGUCAUCACCGAGCGCAUGGUGUUCCACCCCGAGCGAGAGGGCGGAUCAGACAUCGUGGCCGCCACCGCCCAGGAGGUGGAAGCCAAUGCCCUCGUCCCACAAGAGGUACUGAGGAUCCAGGGCUCCAACGCCGAAGCGGCCGAGCCGGAGGUGGAGGCCGCCGAGCCCGAGGUGGAGGCCGCCGAGCCCGAGGUGGAGGCCGCCGAGCCCAAUGGAGAGGCCGAAGGGCCAGAUGGAGAAGCUGCUGAGCCCGACGGAGAGGCCGAGCAGCCCAACGGAGAGGCCGAGCAGCCCAACGGCGAUGCCGACGAGCCAGAUGGAGCCGGGAUCGAAGACCCAGAAGAGAGAGCCGACGAGCCGGAGGAAGAUGCUGAAGAGCCCGAGGGGGAUGCCGACGAGCCUGACGGUGCCGACAUGGAAGACCCGGAAGAGGAAGGAGAAGACCAAGAGAUUGAGGUCGAAGAGCCGUACUACAAUUGCCACGAGUGCACGGAAACCUUCGCUUCCAGCGCGGCCUUCGGCGAGCAUCUGAAAAGCCACGCCAGUGUGAUCAUCUUCGAGCCCGCCAAUGCCCCCGGAGAGGCCCCCGGCUACACUGAACGCGCCAGCACCAGCGCUGCUGGGGCCGAGCAGGCGGAUGACAAGUACUUCAAGUGCGACGUGUGCGGGCAGCUCUUCCAGGACCGCCUCUCCCUUGCCAGACACCAGAAUUCUCACACUGGCUGAGGAAAAAAAAGAAACAGAACAAAACCAAACCUUCCUCCCAGAACCAGACCCUUAAUAACUCACAGCGAGAGCCUAAACCAACCCAAACUGUUAAUAGAAAUUCACCUUGCUAUUCUCAUACCGGUCUUCUCAUCGGAUCAACUCAGACUGACAAAGAGAGACUGAGAGCAGAGACUUCCUUUGGUCUUAGCUCUUCCCUAGGGAACAUCGGUGUACAUUCAGGAAAGAUAGUGCACACACCUCACUUUUCAUCUCAGUAACCAACUAGAUUGAGGGAAAACCCAGUGACUGUUCAAGACCACAGAGGGUUGCCCCAAUCGACUGUAAAUGGCAUCCCUUUCAUACCCCAUACAUGAUUCAUGCCCUGUAUAUAAAUGAGCAAAUCACAGCAAAUCAUUGAUACAUAUAUUUGGAUUUAGUGUGCUAUAGAAUUUACAGUUUACUAUACAGAGCUACCUAGACUGGGGCUCUGGUUGUUUUUUUUUUUUCCUGAGGAGGAAGAGAGCAACAAUUUAGCAUAUAUUUGUAAGUGUUGUCCAUCCUGCGGAAGCUUUACUGUGCAUUGUUUGAACCCCAUUAGUAUCCUUCCCAGUAAUGGACUAUUUUGUCCCCUACCUCUUAGAUAGUCCUGUGAAGGUGUGAGUGUGAAAGAUCAUGUGUCUUUGAAUCCUGGCUGUGUGGAAAAAAGACAUUUUAGCUUCCACAGCCAUUUGGUGUGCACCCAACCCCCUUGAGACUGACUGUGUAACCCUUUACAAUAUGUGGAUUUGUCUCUGUGACCCGACCCAUCACCACAUUUUAUAGACCUUACAGUGGUUUUCAUGCAAAAACAACAACAACAAAAACAUGUUACGUUUGAGGUGUUCUUUAAGGUCCGGGUUUUUGUUUUCUAACCAGUUCAUCAUCGUGUGUUUGAUCGUGAAUUCAUGAAACCUGAAGCUUUGCCCUGUAAAUCUUAGUGUCUUUGCCUUUAAAGAGUGGGUGACAACCAUCGCUAGAUCACAGCAGUGCCUAAUGAAGGUUGGGAACCACAGGAGAGGCUCUUACAUUGUAAAUAAGGAAGCGGACGGCAACCUUUCAUUAACUCCGCUGUGUGCUUCCUGCCUUAAGUGACAAGUGGCCGCGUUGCUUGAGUCACCUGUGUGGUGGUGUCUGUGCUUGCCACAAGUCAGUGUGCUCCCUGGGCGCCCAGGAGCUAGUAUCCUUAGAUCUUUGUAUCUCCAAACGUAGCAAUCCCCCUGUUCUUUAUGUGUCUGUCAAUCCCAAUUCAAACUCGCAUUUUAAAAAGCAAAAACACACACACACACAAAAAGCUUUCUUUAUAGUUAAUCCUAGCUUAACAUGGACUCAGGUUCCCCAGCAGCCUUAAUUUCUUUUGUUCCCAUUGUUCUUUCUCAUUGAGCCCUUCUAAGUAUUUCCGAGCUUUCCAUAAAGUGUUACGUCUGUCUCGAUGUCACUGGUUGUCCUCUUGAUCACAAAAUGACUUCCCAGCUUGAGAUUUCCUGCGUCCUAUACAUGGACUGCCUGCGCUCCUUUACUUCCCCUCCCCUUGCAUAAUGGCUAUAUAAAAGACAAUUUUUUGGCCUUCUGUUGGCUGGGGAAAAAAAAAUUUAAAAAUUUUAAAAAACUUAAAAAAAAAAAAAAAAGCGGAUCUGUAGCUGAAAGAUCGAAAGCCGCGUACAGAUCUUCAGAGAAAGUGAAGUGAGAGAACCUGCUGAGGAAAUGAGUUUGACUCUUAGGCUCCUAGAUCUGUAGGACUGGGGCUCACGGGGAGUGUGUCAAAGACUCAAGGAACGCCAAAGUCUUCGGAGGUUGAUGAGCAAAGAGCAAGAAAGUUGAGUGAGCCAAAGAAGGGAGUGCCAAGAUACCAGCAGAUCUAGGAAGGCAGUGAGAGAGGCUGAAGAAAACACCAUCAGCAGGGGUUGGAAGGUCAGGGUGGUAAGAACAAGUGGAAUGAAGUGUCCUGGGUAGUUGGAAGAAAGGCUUUUUUGAUGGCAUGGCACAGGUGAAAGCCAGCUGCAUAGAGAGACCCCAGGUUGGAACUGACAUCCAGGGAAAUGAAGGGGUAAUGAUGCAUUGGGGGAAGCACCCUGGAAAUAGAAGUCAGUGUUGAUGUCAUCUGGGUAAAUUUGGGGGUUCGUUAUCAUUGACAGUGUUACCCCCCACUAGACCCCUUUUAGAAAGCAACUUGCCAAGAAGUCUUGAGUAUCCAUUCUAACCGUAACUGAGUGAGUAGAAGAUUAGGAAUAAUUGAAAUGCCAGACUAUAGAAGAAUAAGUCAAAGUGCCCUGGAUUCUUAUGCAGUUGUUUAGAGGCAAUCAUCACGAAGAGUUGUGUAGUAGACAUUCACAGAAUAUGGAGUGGAGAAAGCAGGACACAAAAUUAUAUUUAUACUACAAUUCUAACUGUUUAAAAAUGUACGCUUAUAGUCAAAAGCUAUUGUGUUGUAGGCUUAUAGUCGAGCAUUAUUUUCUUAAAUUUCUAGAAUGUUCUUUAUGGUAGUGUUACUCAAAAGUUAAGGAUCACAUUUCCAUCGUGAACAUAAUUGGAACUCAUUAUGAAACAGUUGGAAAAUAACAGAAAAGUGGAGGAAAGAUAAUCCAUGUCCCCACCAUCCAAAGAUAGAUAUACUCUUUAAUAUCUUGUUUUCUUGUUGCUGUGCACAGGUUUAUAUAUUAUAACUGUGUCAAAAUGUGUAUUCAAGAUAGUUGUUCUAGUAAUCCUGUGUAAUUACAGUAAAAUACUUUGAAGUUGUCCCUGUGCUCCUUGUAAUAGUCUCCUGAUAGUAAGGCUUAGUAUGCAAUGUCACCAUUAUAAGCAUACUAUGUACCCAGUGAAAAAUUGGAAAAAAACAGUUGAAAAUUGAAAAGAAAAAUCUGCCCAUAUUCCCCACAUCCAACAACUGUUAAGAUCUUCAUCUGUGUUCUCCAUCUUGUGUCAUGGCACAAACUUGUGAUUAAAACAGUGUUAAAUAGAUUUGCAUAAUGUCUAAAAUAAAAACAUGGGAAACAAUUAAAAAUAGUGUUGGGGAGGGGGGGGUCAUGGUUAAAUAUUUUGUUCCAAAUUUCUUGAAUAAUCUUUGGUGUUUGGGUAAAAAACUUUAUGUAUGUAUUCUGUAUCACAAAUAUAAGACAUACUCAAAGAAAACUGGGAAACUGUAGUGAAGUAGAAAAAGCAAUUAUAUUUCCAACAAGUUCCUAGUAACAUCUGGAUCUGCGCACCACGUAUGUAAUUAUUAGGGCAUCCUCGAUAAGUAUGUAGCGUCAUCAGAUGGAAGAAAUGUGGAGAAGUGUGGAAUAGCGGGGUAAGCUGUGCAGGAUUACAGUGAAGUGCGUUUUCUCAGUUUCUUGGAGGAGUCUUUAUCAUAGUGUUCUAGUAGGCUGCCCUUAUUGCUUAUAUUUCCAUUAUAUAUGCAGUAUGUGUCCAUUCUAGUAGCCUCAAAGAUGUGGAAAUGUAGAAGAGAAACUCACCCAGAUUCUCAUUACCCAAAGACUGUGUUAACAUCUCAAUAUAUUUUCUUUUCUUGUUUCUGUGCACAGGCUUUUGGUUUGUUAAUAUGGUUGUAGUUGUUCUAUCUUGUAAUAGUGUCAACAAUAAAAAUAAAGUUAAAAAUAAGAUAA